AAUCUUGGUUCUUAGCUGCGAAAAAACAACCAAUUACAAAUUACAACACCAUCUUAAUAUUUCCUUCGUCUCCAGUCCACAUAUAUCUCCGCCCCCGCCCCCCCUCCCCCUCCUCUCUCUGUAUCUGAUUUUUCUUCUACUCAUAGAUUGCUACAAGCAGUACAUAUUCAUACAUACACCAAGCCUCUUCCCCGUAUAUAAACAUUUUUAUUUCUAUUUGCUGCUGUUGAUUGCCCAUAAUUGCUCGGAGAAUCAAUCAUUCUUUUUCGGAUUCAGAAAACAAGACGAAAUGGAUUUGGACCAGUGGAUUACAAAGGUGAAAGACGGCCAGCACUUGUCAGAAGACGAACUUCAGCUUCUCUGCGAAUACGUAAAAGAGAUUUUGAUUGAGGAAUCAAAUGUUCAGCCUGUCAACAGUCCGGUCACAGUUUGUGGGGAUAUUCAUGGGCAGUUUCAUGAUUUAAUGAAAUUGUUCCAGACUGGAGGCCAUGUACCAGAAACAAAUUACAUAUUCAUGGGAGACUUUGUUGAUCGUGGUUAUAACAGUCUAGAAGUUUUUACUAUCCUUUUGCUUCUUAAAGCAAGAUAUCCUGCUAACAUUACUCUCCUACGUGGAAAUCAUGAAAGCAGGCAACUGACACAGGUUUAUGGAUUCUACGAUGAAUGUCAAAGGAAGUAUGGGAAUGCUAAUGCUUGGCGUUACUGCACAGAUGUUUUUGACUAUCUAACUCUGUCUGCAAUUAUUGAUGGCACGGUACUCUGUGUGCAUGGUGGCCUAUCCCCAGAUAUUAGAACCAUCGAUCAGAUUCGAGUGAUUGAUAGGAACUGUGAGAUCCCACACGAAGGGCCGUUCUGUGACUUGAUGUGGAGUGAUCCUGAAGAUAUUGAGACAUGGGCAGUUAGUCCUCGUGGAGCUGGCUGGCUUUUUGGAUCCAGGGUGACAACCGAGUUCAAUCACAUCAACAAACUUGAUCUGGUAUGUCGGGCCCACCAACUUGUUCAAGAAGGUCUAAAGUAUAUGUUUCAAGAUAAAGGACUUGUGACUGUGUGGUCUGCACCAAAUUAUUGUUAUCGCUGUGGAAAUGUGGCAUCAAUAUUGAGCUUCAAUGAGAAUAUGGAGAGAGAAGUGAAGUUUUUUACGGAGACGGAGGAGAACAACCAGAUGAGAGGACCAAGAACUGGAGUACCUUAUUUUCUUUGAUUCAGAGUGAAUUUGUUUGUGUGUGUGUGUGUGUGUGUGUGUGUUGAUUUACAGAUAUAUAUAUUUAGUUUUGUUUGUGGUUACCACUACUACUACUACUACUAGUAGUCUACUCCUAGUGCUGCUGCUGCUGACACAGUUUAGUUUUCUGCAUUUUUUAUAUCAUAUGUAUCCCAUCUCUAUCUGUGUUUCCUUACUUCAUUUGUUUAGAUAAAUAUAUCAUUUUUAACACUCAAAUUCAUAAUUUUGAUACAUUCAACUUGGGUGA